AUGCACAAGCUCAAACUCAACAUCCUCUUCCGCGCUUUAACACAGGCGCCAUUUCGGCGCUCCUCCGCCGCUGCCACCGCCACCACCAAGUCCUUCAACGCCACCCUCCACCGCCUUUACUCGGAAGGUGCCCACCAUCAUGCUUUACUCACAUACAACUCCAUGCUCAAAUCCUCUGUUCCUCCAGACCCUUUCACUUUUCCCACUCUCUUCAAAGCCUGCAUUUCCCUCAACCUCCUCCCUCACGGCCUUUUGCUACACCAACACGUAGUCGUUAAUGGGUUCUCGUCUGAUCCUUAUAUUGGGUCUUCUUUGAUCAGUUUUUAUUCGUCUUUUGGGCUUACAGAGAGUGCACACAAAGCGUUUGAUAUAAUGCCUGACAGGAACAUUGUCCCCUGGACGGCUGUUAUAGGGUGUUAUGUACGGAGUGGUGAUUUUGAGCAUGCUUUUGUUAUGUACAAUUCUAUGUUACAUGAUAGAAUAAAGCCUACUUCUGUUACCAUGUUGACAAUGCUUUCUAGGGUAUCAGAGAGCAUUCAUGUGGAGUGUUUGCAUGCUUCUGUAAUAAAAUAUGGAUUCAUGGGUAACACUGUUUUGUUGAAUUGUAUGUUGAAUGUGUAUGGCAAAUGUGGAAGAAUUGAGUAUGCUAGGAAGUUAUUUGAGUGGAUGGAUGAAAAAGAUAUUGUUUCCUGGAAUUCUUUGGCUUCAGGGUAUUCUUUAGUGGGGGACACAGAAGAAUUAUUGAGCCUAAUGUAUAGAAUGAGGUUGGAAAAUACAUGGCCUGAUUAUCAAACAUAUGGGUCCUUGGUUUCUGCAAUUGCAAAAGAGGGUUGUGCCGAAUUGGGAAAAGUGGUGCAUGGACAGAUAGUUGCUGCUGGAUUUGAAUUAGAUGUGCAUCUUGAGACAUCACUUAUGUUUAUGUAUUUAAAAUGUAGGAACAUGGAUUAUACGUUUAAGAUUUUUGAUCGAGCAAAUGAUAAAGAUGUAGUUUUGUGGACGACUAUUAUCUCAGGACUUGUUCAGAAUGAACGUGCAGAUAAAGCACUUCAAGUGUUUCAAAGCAUGUUGUGUAGUAGAAUUGAACCGUCUACAACUACUAUAGCAAGUGCCCUUGCAGCUUGUGCUCAAUUAGGUUCAUUGAAAGUAGGAACUUCUAUACAUGGCUACAUGUUGAGGCAAAGAAUUUCCAUAGAGACUCCUGCCCAAAAUUCACUUGUCACCAUGUAUUCAAAGUGUGGCUAUUUGAAACGAGCGCUUGCUGUUUUCGAUAUGAUAAAAAGCAGAGAUGUGGUUUCCUGGAAUGCAAUUGUUGCAGGGAAUGUUCAGAAUGGGCAAUUAGCAAUGGCCUUGCAUCUGUUUAAUGAAAUGAGGAUAGCCCACCAAAGACCUGACUCAAUUACAGUGGUUUCUCUUCUUCAAAUUUGUGCCUCGGUAGGAGCAUAUCAGCAAGGAAAGUGGAUUCAUAAUCUUGUUGUAAGGGGCUAUUUUGAACCUUGCGUCAAGAUAGGCACGGCUUUGGUUGAUAUGUACUGCAAAUGUGGUGACCUGGACAGUGCGAGGAAGUGUUUUGACAGGAUCGUAGAACAUGAUCUCAUUUCAUGGAGCACAAUUAUUGCGGGAUAUGGCAGUCAUGGCAAAGCGGAAACUGCCCUGGAGUUGUAUUCGGAGCUUGUGCAAAGUGGUCUUACACCAAAUAGUGUUAUUUUCUUAUCUGUUUUCUCUGCCUGUAGUCAUAAUGGACUUGUCGACCAAGGUAUAAGCUUGUUUGAUUCCAUGGAAAGGGAUUUUAAGAUUGCACCUGAACUCGAACACUGUGCUUGCAUAGUUGAUCUACUUUGUCGAGCUGGUAGGGUGAAAGAUGCAUACAACUUCUAUAAGACAAAAUUUCCAGAACCAAUGGCUGACGCACUUGGUAUCAUUCUUGAUGCUUGCAAAACGAAAGCCCUUGUAAAACUUAGGGAUAUUGUUUGCAAAGAAAUCUCAAUGUUAGAUCAUGGGGAUGCUGGAAGGUAUGUGCAAUUGGCUCAUAGUUACGCUUCAAUGGCCCAGUGGGAGGGCGUUGGUAAGGCAUGGGUCCAAAUGAGGGAUCUUGGGCUCAAAAAACUUCCUGGUUGGAGUUUUAUUAACUUACAUGGAGUAAUAACAACCUUUUUCAUGGGCCAAACCUCUCAUCCUCAGCAGGAGGAGAUAAUGUCGGUUCUCAAGAAUCUGAGUGAGGAGAUUAGUGAAAGGGUAAUCAAGUCAAACAUAGAGAAUAUCCCAUAG